AUGAAUCUAGUGGUAGAUUUUGUCUUCAAUGAAUUUGAUAAUAAUCUUCGUAUGGCAUUGAACAAGGUUUUGGAAAUUGAAGUUUCUGAUGAUUCAGAAACGACAACAACAGGAGGUGAAGAAGAUUUUAGUUUACAGAACAAACCAACUACUGCACGAUCAAUACACGAUUGUAUUCCAGCAUCAUCAACGCUAACUAAAUUGACUGCAGCUGAACUUAGUCUUGUUUAUCAUGGAGUUCGCCAUGGCUAUAGUUAUUUAAGUCAAUCAUGUACAGUUGAUCUUCUUAAGAAGAUUUUUAAUGAUUCUCAAAUUGGACAAAACAUCACUUGUGGUAAAACAAAAGCACGAGAAUUAUCAGUAAAUGUGCUUGGAAUCAUCGAAAUUGAUCAAAUUGCAUUCGAUCAAAUAGAACGAUGUGUAGCUAUUCUUAAUAUUGAACUCAAUCACGACAAAUUGUUUGACGAAAUGAUCCAUAUACAAUCAACAUUUAAGGAAAUUGUUUCCUAUCGUGAAUCACUUUCUGAUCAGAUACAAACCUAUAUUGGUAACUGUAAUUUCGAUGAAGUCGAAGAAACGACUGAAAAAGAAAGAUUUUUUCAUAAAACAACAACAUCAAAUCAUCAACACAAUCAUCCUAGAAUUCGUCCAGAUCAAUUCUGGGCUUCUUUUAUCUCAAGAACAACGACAAACUGUCAAGAAAUAACAAAAUUAAUUUCUUUUGUUUAUUCUAUUCCUUGUUCCAAUGCUUUUACUGAAGAGGUAUUUAAUCAUAUGAAACAAGCAUGGACAUCUAGUAGAAAUUUAAUGUCAGUUGAAACAAUUGCUGCUAAAUUACAAAUAAGAUUCAAUGACCAAAUGAAAUGUGAUGUUUUUUUUUUAUACGUACAAAAUGAACCUGAAUUAAUACAAUAUGCUAGACGUACAGAAAAGUAUAACUUUAGGAAAAAACAUUGA